AUGUCCAACGCUUUGCCUUAUUUGCAGAAGCUACGCAAGCCUCAACUAGUGGAGUUUGCGGAGGCUACUGAUCUCCAGGACUAUGAGGAUUUAAAUAAACCCGAGCUGGUCACCACUCUCGACGAUCACCUUCAAUCCAACCAGUCUAUCUUCCAGAAUGACGAGCGGCUGGCUGAGUACUACCGCCGCCUGUCGCAAAGCCCCCGUCUGUCGCCAACAAAGAGGGAGCCCAAGUCAGAGCCGUCGCCGACCAAGGUGUCACCGACCAAGUUGGAUCCUCCCAGAUCGGCACGUCGCGGACGGAAGGCAAAGGAGGAGAUCGAACAGACAGACGACUCCGAUGCGUCGCCACGAGUGAUUGCGACAACUACCCCCGGUCGCAGCCCGCUAAUGGCCGUUGAGCCGCCGUUGCCGCCAUCCCCGGCUGUUGUGACCGACGCGAUUGACCGCCAGACCGCUGUCUGGGGCAAGCGCAUUGGCGACGCGUGGACCGUGUUAGGCGUCCGGGAGCGUUCGCAUGCGCUGCGCUCCAUCUUGAGCAGCGUCAAGGCCGUCGAAAUCCUGUUCGUUGCCCUGGAAGGAGCCGGUCUCUUUCGCACACUCCUGCCGCUGGUUUACGUGACCAGCGUUCCGGCAGUGGAGGCCAUCCACUCUUCCGAAUUCGCCAUCAAGGUCCCCGAUCUCUUCAAGUUGGUGGAGGGCACAUUCUGGGCGCCGCUCUCGCUUUGGCUUCUCACCAGCCUUUUCCUGCCCUUGACCGUCGCCUAUUUCUUCAACCUGAGUCGGCAGACUAGCGGAGGCCCUGCCUUGAAUACACGCCGGAGCCGUGCCGCUCAGACUACCUUCGAUCCUCUAAGCUUCAACAUCGCCAAGGCUUUGGUCGCGUACCUAGUGUAUGCGAAUGGAUUUACGUUCUGGAAUGUCUUCAGCGACACCUCUAUCCAGACAGUGAACACCUCCGUUCCCGGACAAUGGGCCGGCAUACUGACCGGUUCUGCCAUCGGAACGAUCGGGACUCUGUACGAGGCCAUUCUGAAGAAGUAA